AUGUCUUCCUCCUUAUCAGCUCUCAGACGACUUCGCACUGCUCUUAUCUUAUUCGUCACAUCAACAUCCCUAUUCACAUCUACCGCCAGAGCUGAUCCGACGCCUGUUCCACCACCUGGACAACCUAGCAGGACGGGACCAGCCAACACCUUCCAAGUCAUCGGUACCUCGGGUGUCUCUGCGCAGCAACUGUUCCUUGGUACCGCCAAUAAGGUCUAUGUCGUGGACAAGACGGAAGAUAACCCCCUCCGAAUAAAGAGUCAUCCAGCUUGGGGUUCCGAAAUCACUCUGAACCCAACUUAUUCUGUUCGAGCUAUGGACAUAUACUCCAAUACGUUCUGUGCUGGUGGGUCUUCGUUAGGGGAUGGAAGGUGGAUAAAUGUGGGUGGGAACGAGGGUGUGUCAUGGGGUGGAGUAGCACCGGGUGUGCAGGGUAACAACCCUGCGGCGUACGGAGGAGCGCCUUAUGAUGAUUAUGAUGGAGGUGCUGCGAUUCGUUUGUUGAUGCCGCGUGAUGAUGGGACGUGUAAUUGGGACGAUAAUCCGAAGAAUUACAUGUCCUCCCGCAGGUGGUAUCCAACUGUUGAACCCCUCGAGGAUGGAAGCGUCGUCAUCAUAGGAGGAGAUAACAUCGGGGGCUAUCUCAACUCUGCAGAUCAGAAUAAUCCCACAUUAGAAUACUGGCCAUCGAAGGGUAACGGAACUCCCGUCUAUUUACCUAUAUUAGACGAAACGUUACCAGCGAAUUUGUUCCCGUUGACGUGGUUGUUACCCAGUGGGAAUUUGUUCAUACAGGUUAAUUGGGAAACGGAGGUUUAUGAUUAUAAGAAUAAUGUGGAGCAUAGACUUGCGAAUAUCCCUGCUGCCGUUCGAACGUACCCCGCCUCUGGAGCAAGUGUUCUCCUACCACUGACGCCAGCCAACAACUACACCGCGACGGUCCUGUUUUGUGGAGGAUCGAACGUCGCCGCUGGCCAAUGGACGUCGUCGAACUGGAUCGUGCCUACGUACCCUGCAAGCACGAGUUGCGUGAAGAUCAAUCCGGAUGACAAGAAACCUGUUUGGGUGAACGAUGCGGUGUUGCCGGAAGCGAGGACGAUGGGUAAUUUCAUCCUUUUGCCGGAUGGGCGGAUCUUGUUGGUGAAUGGGGCCAAGCUGGGUACUGCUGGAUAUGGGAAUGAUAGCUGGGCUAUUGGGCAUUCAUAUGCUGAUUCGCCCAUUCUGACACCUUUGAUUUAUGACCCUCAUCCGGGUAUUCCCACAUCCCGGCGAUUGUCACGGGCGGGUUUGGGGUCAUCCAAAAUUCCCCGUAUGUACCACUCUACAGCUAUCCUAUUGACGGAUGGGUCUGUCAUGAUAGCUGGUUCCAAUCCUAAUCCGGAUUAUACCGUUGGCAAUGGCGUCCAGUAUCCUACUGAAUACCGUGUCGAGUUGUUUUACCCUUGGUAUUUCAACUAUACGCGUCCGAACCCUUCUGGGUUGAUUGACCAGAUCGGAUACGGUGGGAAUUACUUCGAUGUUCAACUCAGCGCUGAUGAUCUAAAAAUCAACGAUGGAGGGAACGGUCCAUUGUACAGCUUGAACGGUACGAAAGCGAUAUUGAUUCGUACCGGCUUCUCGACCCAUGGAUUGAACAUGGGACAGCGGUACCUUGAGCUCCAAACGAGUUACACGUUGAAUUCGGAUGGGAGUGGCAUUUUACAUGUUGCGCAAUUUCCACCGUUGCCGACGUUGUUCCCGCCUGGACCUGCGGUGUUGUAUAUCGUUGUCAAUGGGGUGCCGUCCGUGGGCGUGUUGGUUACGGUGGGGAAUGGGCAGAUUGGGACGCAAACGGUGAACACUGUCACUCCUCUGCCGGGGAACGUCGUUCCGGUGCCGACGACGAGUACUGGCACCUUGACGACUAUUGGGCCCAAGUCCACGGGGCGUUGGUGGUGGUGGUGGUGGGAUUGUUAG